AUGACUGGUCACGCAGUGGUCGUGUGGGAAUAUGAAAUUAGGUCAGGCUACUGGAAGCCCUAUAGUCCUGCAGUUAGUCAACAUUUAGAAAGAGCUAAAGGAAAACAAUUGACUCGAGUAAUACUUUCUGAUGCUGAUCCCACAUUACAGAAUUACUAUAUUAAUUUAAGAACCCUGACCCAAGAACUUGAAGAUACAGAUGAUGUGGUUCCUGUUAGAAGAAAAUGCUACUCUCCUUCUUCCCCUGCUGGCAAGGGUGCUAGAUGGGAAUGUUCAGGAACAGAACACAGUCAAGAUUGGCAUCCUUUUGAUAUGGAUAUACAGUGUUUGAUUGAGGAAGCUUGGGCCACAGGUGAUGAAAUGUUGGAUAUGAGCAAAACACACCUAGGCUUUCCAUACCUCAUAAAUUUUAGUAAUUUGACUCAAAGAUGGUUAAAUAAUGGAUAUCUAAGAAAUGUGAGAAGAAUCAAGCAGGCUCCUUACCCUUUGGUUAAAGUAAAACUUGAGGAAUUGGCUCCUGUUACUGGACGUAGAAGUUCAAAUAUAAGAAACUCAUCUAGGACACCAAAUAGUUCUCAGCAAGGUAAUGGUACCAAAGUGAUAGGCAGUAGUGCAAUUUUGAAUCAAACUGAUGGCAAUAAAAAAUCUACCAAUAAGAAGAAAACAAGCAGUAAAACAAAAACUGGGAAUGAAACCACACCUGCCAAUUUGGCAAGGCAGAUUCUCAACAAUUUAAAUAUAUUUAGUCACAAAUCAAAUGUAACACCAUUAUUCCAAAGUACAGAAAAUAAAACAUUAUUAGACGCAGAUAGCAGCAGUACCAAAUCAGGUAGAAGGCCAAGCUUGGACACUGUUUCAACCUAUCUGAGUCAAGAGAGUAGAGAUAGUCAAGCUACAGCUUCCACGGCAGAUUUGAUUAAUUGUAGUGGUAGUGACGAUGGCAUUGUAGAAGAUUUGCCAGCUAUCGUUGGUUUAGAUCCAGCUAGUGCAACUAUAUCACGAUUUGUGAGAAUCUCAAAAUCGAGUGAAUGGGCUCCAAGACAACCAUGUCCUGUCUGUCGACAACCUCUCAAACCUUCUAUAGUAGUGAUUGCUCUUCCAUGCAAUCAUGUUCUACAUUUGGAUUGCCUGAACUAUGCUCUGACGGAACAACAGGAACUUGGCACACACUUACAUAUACAGUGUGCUGUUUGUGGAUGUAUAUAUGGAGAGAAACAUGGAAAUCAGCCACCUGGUACAAUGGAGUGGAGAAGAGUUGAUCGGAGCUUACCUGGACAUCAAAAUUGCAGGACAAUACAGAUUAUUUACAAUAUACAGUCUGGUAUACAAGGACCUGAUCAUCCCAACCCAGGCCGUGAGUACUACGCCGUGGGCUUCCCCAGAGUGGCAUAUCUUCCAGAUAAUCCCAAAGGUAAAAAAGUUCUCAGGCUAUUGUACACUGCGUGGCAACGGAAACUCAUCUUCACAGUAAGUAGAUCCCACACCACCGGUUGCGAAGAUGUAGUAUCAUGGAACAUUCCGCACAAGACUGAAAUGGGUCCUAGCACGAAUAGCCACAGUUAUCCCGAUCCGAAUUAUUUAAAUAACGUGAUUAGAGAGCUCGAAGCAUUAGGCAUUGUAGAGGAAGAAAAUAAGAGUCAUUACUAA